AUGGGCUAUUCCGAGGUCCUUUGCCAUCUCUGUGGCGUGAGCUUCAAUAUCAAUCGAUUCCGUACCGAGAAUGAACCGCCGGAAGCAGCUUGGGGUUCUAGCAUGAACACUGUCAUUGAAGAGGAUCCCGAUGAUGGCCGGUGUGAGAAGAGAUGCUUCUAUGUCCAGUGGGGUGCCGAUUUGCAAACUGCUACCAGAUUCACUGGCGAGGAGGCCAUCAGUUCGCAUAUCCCGGAAGAUGAGAUCGAACACAUUCCAGGACCGGAGUGCACACAAAACGGAGGGUAUAAUGGCCACCAUAUCCCUGUGGAAGCCAUGAAAGGGUGUCAGGAACUUCAAUGUCUGGUGCUCAAGCCAGAUGACUGGACGCCUCAAACAGACGAUGAAGAAUUUGAGAUCUCGAGCAGCUAUUUUCUCAGUGGCUUGAGUGAUUACAUGCCGAGCAGAGAUAUAGGCGGGCCAGAAGUUUUCCCCGCCCGCCAUGGCGAAUCCUCACCGUAUGCUGAAAAUGUUAUGUGGGAUCCUGAAGAUGCAGGAAAGUACGCCAUGCCCUUUCACCCGACCUGCUUCGAGAUCUUCAAGCGUGCGUCGUUACGAAGGCAAGGUGUGGUGGAUGUCGAGGGUUUGAUGCAAUGGUGGAGACUCGAAGGGAGUUAUGAAGACUUUGAGGAUUUUCCUCGGGACCACGCUGUCAUGGAUGGCGGGGAGCAGUGGUGGUCACAUAAUCUUGGUGACGAAUACAUUGUAGCCAACCCGUGCUUUGUGCCCGGUCUGGAGCCGCUGCUACAAUCGUCUGAGCAGGCGAAGGGGUCAGAAAGUGGCGAAUCCGAACUUGCCAUCAUGAGCACAAGUGCAUCGAAUAAUGAUGUACUCGCCAAGUUGCCUGCUGAGAUCAAACACGCGAUACUUGUCGAGCUCAGUUUCAAGGACAUAGCCAAUCUCAGACUUGUCUCUCGGACCUUCCAGCAUCUACCGAACUCUGUUCUAUACGAGGUCACAGUCCGCGACACUCCAUGGCUAUACGAGGCAUGGUCCUCGCUACCAAUUUCCCACUGGGCGACUACACGAAAAGAGACGAUGGUGCAGAAAUGGGAUGACGACACGGAGGCUUUCACCAGAAGCGCCCACCCUGCGAUGCCCGUCCGCCAGCUAAGUCGGACGGGAACAGACUGGCUUCGUCUCCACGCCGAAUUGUUUCGCAACCAAAAAAGCCUGCUUGGGCUGCGAAACAGACGCAGGAUUUGGAAAGAUUGUGAGCAGAUCUUGGACAGAAUCGACAAAUAUCGGAAGGAAGACAAGAUUGUGCCACUGGGCAAUCGAGCACCGGCGAUUCCAAGACCAGCGAACUCCGAUUCGGAUGAUUCAGAGGAAGAAUGA